AGUGAUUUUAUACUCACAGUCACAAGUCACAUUCAUUCCUCGUCUAUCGUUUGAGAUGAACGAUAUAUUUCAGUAUUUAAAAUAUGUUAAGUUGUAAAAAUAUUUAUUAGAUAUUAUCGUUACAGUUUCCUAUUACUAUAUUUUCUAUAACAAAUGUCUCGUUAUUUAUUCAAAAUGAAAAACAUGAACAUUAUAUUUGGGACACUUAUAUAUGUAUUAUUUUCAAACGGAGCGGUGUGUAAAACUUGCAAUUUUAAUGUUAAAAUCAAACAAAUGCUUCACAAUGAAGGUUUUCACAGGAAUCUAAGCUAUUAUAUAGAUUUUGCAAGUGACGAUGAAGAGGAAAAUUGGAUUUAUGAAAACUGUGCGGUAGGAUUGGAGCAAGUACUCCCAGCAGGAGUGUAUGCAAGUCAAGAUGAAAUUAAAGAUAACGGAUCAAAGGAUUUGUUACAUACAAUCUUUCAAACACCAGUCAAUAUAGAACUACCCGCCAAUAAUGCUAGUCCUAUACGAUUUCAACUAUUUAGUGUAGUAAAGGAUAGCAGAACACAUAUACACAUUCCAAUACAUGCAAGAUAUCAUCGCGCCAAGAAAGGAGGCGGAACAGUAAGAAAUAUAAUUCCUCCACCUGCAUUGUUCUUAAUGUGCCCAGACAAAAAUCUUAAUGCUUGUGAAUUCCCUGCCAUCCCACCGGAGAAUAAUUUCUGCAAAAAAGAUAUUACAUCAAGAGAAUUGUGCCCGUGGAAAGAAAUACCAGCUGUAAUGGUCACCGAUACGCUGUUCUUGGACGUACCGAUCGGUAAUAUCGACCACUAUUAUAUGGUCGCGUGGGGCACCACCGUAGUCAUAGUAGUCGGUUCGUUAUAUCUUUUAAAAACUAUACAUAGAUAUAAGGUAGAUACAGAAAAAAAGAUAAGGAAAAAACAGAAGACAUAGUCAAUAUAUUAAAAAAUAUUUAUCAUAUGUUUCAAACCUUCUCAAAUGGAGAGGCCUUAGAUCAGCAGUGGGAUAUUUAUAGGCUGUUAAAUAAAAUAUUAUAUAUAUAUAUCUCAAAUAAAAAUAUUUAUUAUUGAUCUCAAAAAUGUAG